AUGAGGCACCUUUUGACACUCGCACUUUGCUUCACCAGCAUCAAUGCUGUGGCUAUCACAAAAUCCCACAAGGCUGCGGGAACCGGAGAGCCCGAAGGCUCCUUCCAGUUCCUGAGUCUUAGGGCUUCGGCGCCCAUUGGAACUACAAUAUCCCGCGACAAAUGGUCCGUCACUUGCGACAGCUUCCACGAUGGAGAAGGCUGCGACAAAGCCAUUGAUGGUGACCUCAACACCUUCUGGCAUAGUCAAUGGGGCAACGGCAAUGAUCCAAAGCCUCCCCAUACUUACACCAUUGACAUGGGCUCUACCCAGAACGUCAAUGGUUUGUCAGUUCUGCCUCGCCAGGAUGGAAGCAGCAACGGCUGGAUCGGUCGUCAUGAGGUUUUCCUAAGCUCAGAUGGAAAGAACUGGGGUAGCGCCGUUGCGACUGGUACUUGGUAUGCUGAUAGCACUACCAAGUACUCUAACUUUGAAACACGUCCUGCUCGCUAUGUCCGCCUUGUCGCCCUCACCGAGGCAAAGGGCCAGCCUUGGACUAGCAUCGCUGAAAUCAACGUCUUUAAGGCUGACUCCUACUCCGCUCCUCGGGCUGGUCUUGGACGUUGGGGUCCAACCCUUGACUUCCCUAUUGUUCCCGCGGCUGCAUUUGUCGAGCCUACUUCAGGCAAGGUCGUAGUGUUCUCUUCCUAUCGUAACGAUGCUUUUGGAGGCUCUCCAGGCGGUAUCACCUUGACCUCUUCUUGGGAUCCCGCCAACAACGUCAUUGCCGAGCGCACUGUUACUGUCACCAAGCACGAUAUGUUCUGUCCCGGUAUUUCCAUGGACGGUGCAGGUCAGAUCGUUGUCACAGGUGGUAACGACGCUAAGAAAACAAGUCUCUAUGAUUCGUCCAGCGAUAGCUGGAUCCCAGGACCGGAUAUGCAAAAUGCACGCGGCUAUCAGUCAUCUGCCACUACUUCAGACGGUCGCGUCUUCACCAUUGGAGGUUCCUGGAGCGGCGGUAUCUUCGAGAAGAACGGCGAAAUCUACAACCCAUCCUCCAAGACCUGGACUUCCCUCUCCGGCGCCAAGGUCAACCCGAUGUUGACGGCCGACCGACAAGGUCUCUACCGUUCCGAUAACCACGCGUGGCUCUUCGGAUGGAAGAAGGGAAUCGUUUUCCAAGCCGGACCCAGCACCGCCAUGAACUGGUAUUACACCAGCGGUAACGGUGAUGUCAAGUCAGCUGGUAAACGUCAGUCGAAUCGCGGGGUUGCCACGGAUGCCAUGUGCGGAAACGCCGUUAUGUACGAUGCUGUGCAGGGCAAGAUCCUAACUUUUGGCGGCGCGAAGGACUAUCAGGAUACCGACGCCACAACCGACGCCCACAUCAUCACCCUCGGCGAGCCCGGAACAACCCCCAAGACUGUCUAUGCUAGUAAUGGCCUCUGGUAUCCCCGAACUUUCCACACCUCUGUUGUCCUCCCGGACGGAAGCACCUUCAUCACAGGUGGUCAAGUGCGCGGUAUUCCCUUCGAGGACUCAACACCCCAGCUUACACCAGAACUUUAUGUUCCCGGAGACGACACUUUCUACAAGCAGCAGCCCAAUUCCAUCGUGCGCGUUUAUCACAGUGUUUCGCUGCUGUUGCCCGACGGUAGGGUCUUCAACGGUGGUGGUGGUCUUUGUGGCGAUUGCACUACAAACCAUUUUGACGCGCAAGUCUUUACACCAAACUAUCUGUACGAUAACAACGGCAACCUUGUGACGCGUCCCAAGAUCACCAACACCUCUACCAAGAGCGUCAAGAUUGGUGGUAGAGUGACUAUCACAACUGACGGCAGCAUCCAGAAGGCCUCUUUGGUGCGAUACGGUACGGCAACGCAUACGGUCAACACUGACCAGCGCCGUAUUCCUCUCACUUUGUCCAACAGUGGAAGAAAUAGCUAUUCUUUUACUGUUCCCAAUGACUCUGGUGUUGCUUUACCUGGUUAUUGGAUGUUGUUCGUCAUGAACUCGGCGGGUGUGCCGAGUGUGUCUACGACAAUUCGCAUUACUUCAUAA